GAGAGAGAAAGAGAGAGAGAGAGAGAGAGGAAGAGAGAGAGAGAGAGAGAGGAAGGGUAGGGAGGGAGUUUGGCGUUGCCAGCGGAAAGAGGCAAGGCAGGAUAGAGGAAGGUCACGCGCCGGCACGGCUGGAGUCGGUGCGAAAUGGCUUGGGGCUACUGGAGCGCGACUUCCGUCAGCGAUCGAAGUCGGUCGCCACGUCGAGAAAAGGACAAACAACAGCAGCAGCAGCAGCAACAACAGCAACAUCAAACGUUGCAUCAACAGCAGCAACAACAACAAUAUCAGGAAGUGCCACAGGGUGGCUAUGGGGUUCAGCAGUUGCAGGUCGAGUCUGCUGCCCCUAUUGGCAGCGGAGGCCUAGCACCGGAGGAACCACCCCGUGGCACGAUGAUCCAGGCUGGUUCCUUCUAUUCGUAUACCGCAGCAACAACGGCAGCCGCUGCGGCGGCCGCAGCCGCAGCCGCAGCCGCGGCUGGACGUCGAAUCGGUGCUUCGGUCGAAGGUCCUUCCUCUUCCUCCUCGAGCGGCAUACAAAUUUUACCGAGAGAACGACACAUCGUCAAACCUCCACCGGUUGGGAAUUAUCCACCUUCACCUGGUAGCGACUCCGGAGAUUAUGAGCAAACACCGCUCGGUGGUGGUAUCGGUGGUUCUCGAGCAACCGAGUGCUCGCCACCGCCCCUACCUCAUGCAGCCAGUCCACUCGGCAUUGUCGCUGCUGGCCUUGGUCCUGGUGCCGACAUCCUGGCACAACCAUGCUCCUCCUCCAGGAUGAAACUACUUGCCGAUGAAACGGCCGAGGAAUUUUCGGACGUCGACUCAGCCGGUCCUGAGAUUAUCUACGCGAGCAAUGGCCGUGGUAUCGGCACCACUGGCUGCCUAUUGCACGGUCCCUGCGCUGCUAAUCCACCGCCGGAACCCGCGCCUCCUAUACCCCCUCUCCUGGACGAACACACCUCGGCACCCUCGCACAUUUGGUUCAACGAAAUCACCUGGGUUUUUCCAAAUGUGCCGCCCGCCCCAGGAAUGCCUUGUCAAGGAGAAGACAGAAGCAUAUACAGACGCGGAGCACGUAGGUGGAGGAAGCUGUACCGGGUGAAUGGACAUAUAUUUCAGGCGAAACGCUUCAAUCGGCGGGCGUUCUGCGCGUUCUGCCAGGAUCGGAUCUGGGGACUGGGUCGGCAGGGAUUCAAGUGUAUCCAGUGCAAGCUCCUUGUACACAAGAAAUGUCACAAGGUGGUGCGGAAGCCCUGCUUGAGCAUGCAGCAGCAGCAACAACAGCAACAACAACAAUUGCAGAGCACGGAAUCCCAGACGAUCGACAGGAACGGCGAUCAACAACAGCCUGAUUCUCUACGUUGCAGUCCGGCAGCUCAUCUCGAAGACGAGAUCGCUGAGUCGCCGAUCGUUGAGGAGCACUCACGUAAUCGAACCGGUAGCUACGAAGGGGAAGAAUUGGCAUUGGAUACGGUUACUGGCGCUGAUAAUUCAAACGAUAUGCAGAGGCAAUACUCGUUGAACGAUUUCGAACUCAUCAGGGUGAUUGGUCGUGGUUCUUAUGCAAAAGUUCUCAUGGUCGAACUUAAACGUACCAAAAGGAUCUAUGCGAUGAAGGUGAUCAAGAAGGCAUUGGUAACAGACGAUGAGGAUAUUGACUGGGUGCAAACGGAGAAGCAUGUAUUUGAGACUGCCUCGAAUCAUCCCUUCCUCGUUGGCCUUCAUUCGUGUUUCCAAACACCCUCUCGACUUUUCUUCGUCAUCGAAUUCGUCCGAGGUGGUGAUCUUAUGUUCCACAUGCAAAGGCAGCGUCGACUUCCUGAGGAACAUGCACGCUUUUAUGCGGCUGAGAUCAGUCUUGCGUUGAACUUCUUGCACGAGAAAGGUAUAAUAUAUCGAGAUCUAAAACUGGAUAACGUAUUGCUGGAUCACGAGGGACACGUCAAGCUUACGGAUUAUGGAAUGUGCAAGGAGGGUGUCCGAGAAAGCGAUACCACUGCAACUUUCUGUGGAACACCUAACUACAUAGCCCCGGAGAUAUUGCGUGGCGAGGAUUAUAGCUUUUCAGUCGAUUGGUGGGCUCUUGGCGUUUUAUUGUACGAAAUGUUGGCGGGUCGUAGCCCCUUCGACAUCGCCGGUGCUUCGGAGAAUCCCGAUCAGAAUACCGAGGAUUAUCUCUUCCAAGUUAUAUUACAAAAGACGAUUCGUAUUCCGCGAUCGUUAUCGGUAAAGGCCGCUUCCGUUUUGAAAGGCUUCCUUUGCAAGGAUCCCGCUGAGAGACUUGGUUGUGGAAAGAGGCCUUCGGCCUUUUUCGAUAUAGUCACGCAUUCUUUCUUCAAGGCGAUCGAUUGGGAAAUGCUUGAACAGAAGCAAGUCACGCCGCCAUAUAAACCACGCUUGGAUUCUGACCGCGAUUUGGCAAACUUCCCGCCGGAGUUCACCGAUGAGCCAGUACAUCUGACGCCGGAUGAUCCGAGAGUGAUCGAUAAGAUCGAUCAGAGCGAGUUCGAGGGCUUCGAAUACGUGAAUCCAUUAUUAAUGUCCCUGGAGGAUUGUGUGUGACAAGAGCCGCUCGUAGUUGUGCCACAGCACGUACAAGAUGAACAACAAAUGCAAC